AUGUUCUCGCGGGCGUUUUCUCACGCACUGGCCAAAGGAACCAGGCGCCCGCUAGAUGCGUUCGUCCAGGCACCUACCGCGCUUCGCAGCGGCUGCCAGAUGCAUCAGCAGCUUCGCCACCUCCAUUGUCGGCCAGAUGUGCGAGCUGUCGGUUUGCAGCGCCCGCUGGGCAAGGGUUCAGUCCGGCCUGCCUGUAUCUUCCAACCAAACUGGACCGUACAGCGUAGUUUUUCCACGGUGGAGAAUUCAGUCGAUGACGCUUCUACGAGGGAGCUAGGUGCCGCCGGCGUGUGUUAUCCUGAUCAAAGGUUCGCAAGUCUAAUGAGCAUCGGCGACUGUGUCAACCAGAACGAGCUCAAGCAGCUACUGGAAAAGAAAGCUGCCCCCGUCUGCUACGUCUGGUGUGAUCCCUCCCCCUGUAUGCACAUAACCCAGGGGAUCUCCGUAACGGUGAAUGUCAACAAGAUGAUCAAAGCCGGUUGCAAAGUGAAGAUCCUGAUGGCAGAUUGGCUUGCUCGGCUGGACCCGGAGAACACCGAUGGCAGGUUUGGCGGCCAUCUAACAGAGAUGAAGGAACUUGGCUCGUACAACCUUGAGGUCUGGAAAGCAGCCGGCAUGGAUCUUGACGGGGUAGAGCCCGUGUGGCUGUCGAACGGAAUAAGUCGCAACGAAAACGUAUACUGGCCGCUUACGAUGGAUAUCGCAAGAACAAGCGAGCUGGGUGGAAUAAAAAGGUUUCUCCGUUUCCACGCGUCCAAACAUACAAAGGGCUACGGGAGGAUCGAUCGUUACGCGUUGAGAGACUUUAACGCCGCCGAGAUACUGUCUCCCUGCCUGCAGAGCGCCGGGAUGCUCCUUGAGCAUGCCAUCGGUAGGAAAAUGAGGAAAGCUUUCUGCCCUCCAGGAUCUGUAGAGGGCAACCCGUGCUUGGAGUACAUCCAGCAUAUAAUCCUACCUCGGUUCGGAAAGUUUGAGGUGGUUCGGGGGGAUGAGGACGGCGGCAACAAGACGUUUGUGAGCAUGGAAGAGUUUGCUGACGAUUAUAGAAGCGGCGCUCUGCAUCCUCCUGACGUGAAGCAGGCCCUUGAGAGGGCACUAAACAUCAUGUUGCAGCCCGUUCGAGAUCACUUCAGAAACAAGGCUCAAGCAAAGAAGCAAGAUAGAGUGAGAUGCAAAGGAGGUGCUACCUCUGAUUCAAAUUAG